UUUUAUUUUUAAAUUCCAUUCUGCGGCCAAAAUGUCGCUGAUCUUGAUUGUCAAGCUAUUUUCUCAUUGCAAUGUUCCGUUCUGGCGUAUAGUAUGUGUGAAACACCGAAGUUUGGCGUGUGCGUUCUAUUUUAUUUUAGACAAGACUUGACGGCUAUUUAAAAAAACUUCAUGGCUCUCUACUCGAUUUUGUUUUGCCAUAGCUCGGAAAUUUCGUAAACAACACUUACAAAACAACGCGAUAAUACAGUGAAUAUGAUUGAAAAUCUACAUUUGAGUAUGUGAAAAGCCGAGACAUCGGAUCAAGGUUGGAUAUAAUUUGAUCACCCUGGAUACGAGAUGGAUGACAAGAUGGAAACUGAUCAUAGCUAUAGUGGAGAGAGCAGUAGCUCUACUGAUACUUCCAGCGGGAGUUCUGAGGGCGAUGAAGAAGAGAUGGAGCCGGUACGGAUUCUAGGACAUAGUUUGGAGCUACCUCAGGAACUAUGCGAAGACUAUUCACUAUUCAAAGAGUUUUUUUCUACGAAAACUUGGGAAUCUUUAGAUGAAAAACACAAAGAACAUUUAAUGAAAUUUUUACCAAAAUUCACGGAAAAUCAAGAAGAGGAAACAACAAAAACUAUAGAAAUGCUUUUUCAUCAUGAACCUUUUCAUUUCCAAUCACCUUUCAGCACUUUCUAUAAUAAUUUAAGGCAGGGAAAUUACAGACCUGAUAUAGCCAAAAUGAAGAAAUUUCUUAAAAAAGCAAGGGCUAAACAGCAGAGGCAUAGGAUAAAAUCUUAUUAUGCCAAGUUAUUACCUGAAGUUUUGCUAUCACGAGAGAGGUUAUUAGCAGCAGUUAAAGCAGCUCCACCUGGCCCAGCACCUAGAAUUCCUUCAUUGCCGCCAAAAUCAUCAUCAAAAAAUAAUUUCAAACCGUUGUACUUGAGAGCCAAGCAAAGAUAUUUUGAAGAGCUUGCAGCUAUUAGAAGUGAAGUAGGGGGUGAUGAGUCUGAUGAUGAGAACUACCCUGAUGGACCUCCAGAACAGUUUGUAAAGAAAAAGAAAGGAAAUAAUGUUACAAAUGCUGAUGGGAAUAUUUCUGGUACUCUUGCUGGUUCUGAACAAACACUUCCAACGUCACUUGAAUGUUUGAAAAAUGUCCUAAUGGCACACAGAUCAAGAAGACAGUAUAGAGAAAACCAUCCAGAGUUAAACAUAAAUGGAAUAACAUUAGAAGAUAUAAAACAACGAGUGGCACUUGUAAAUGGUGCAAAAAAACUAAUGUUUGGAGGACCAAAGAUUGCAUCUCCAAUCCAAAAAAUUAAAAAAGCUCCUAAAAAAGAUGCAGUAGUAAAAAAAAUGCUGGAGAAUAAAAUAUCAAAGAAAUGCAAAGAAGAAACUGAGAAUCCUGACAUCAAACCUUUGCUUCAAAACAUAAAAAUCAAAGUUGAAAAAGAAGGUAGUGACUCUGAAAGCUCAUUUUUAGAAAAUGUGAUGAGUCCUAAGCAAAUGAAGAAACACAUGGAACAAGUUGAAAUCAAACAGGAAAUAGGAGCAGAACCAAAUUAUGAUGAUCAGUUUGAUGCAUUAAUAAAGCAAGAACCACCAGAUUCCAUGCCCAUUUCAAAUAUUUCUAAAAUUGAUCAACCAAUUCCCAUUAAACUUGAAGACUUGGAUGGCAUAGAUAUGAUGGCCCUACCAAUAGAGUUAGCUGACGACACUGGAGAAGUUAUUAAAGCGAAGUGUAAAGAUAGGGACGAGCUUCUGGAUGUGGAUGAAUCUUUAACUGAAACAACUCACGCUAACUUCCUGUCGCUUGUUCGAGCUUUGUUUCCGGCGAGGGCGGCUCACCGGGCCUCGAAACAACAGCUACAUGCAAGAUGUGCUGCUGUUAUGCGCUCGCCCAUAGCGCCUCUAAACACUUGGUAUAACUCAUGCGACGAUUGGUGUGCAGAAUUAGAUUCGGCUUUGGACUUUUUGGCCGGGGAAAGAGGUCCCCAUCCUGAUGACUUUGUACCAUACUUGCAGUACAUGCCAGAAAAUCAGAUGUACCAGUGGAUUGGUGCCGGUCGGGAUUGUGAUGCAAUUCUCGGUCGCCUCUGUGAACGGUGGCUUCGAGCUGCUGACGAGCCUUCCUUUAUUGCUGAAGCACCGCCCCCAAGAUAUCCAACGUCGUGGAUGAUGCGAACACCGACUAGCUUUGAAGUAGCGGAAUUCAGAGCGCAGGAACGACGGAGAUUUUCAUCGGCAGGAAAACCAUUUACGUACAUUCAACAUGGAUACCGGUCAGUGGUGGGUCCGUGUGCUCGGUCGUGGUGGAUGGGCGCGACGGGCGCGGCGUUACUCCGCGCGGAACGCCCCCGCCCCGCCGCCUUCCCCGCGCUCGUCCGCGACGCGCUCGCGCGCCUCCCCAACGGCGAGGGCACCAGACAUCACGUCCUUAUCUUGCUCAAGAUGUCACAGUGGAUAGCACCUUGUAGUGAUCAAGCUCUGUUAAGUGCAGUUUCGGCAGCGUUAGACAAGUUAAAUUCUAUAAAAAGGGAUCCAAUCGUGAAGUACGACCAGCGCACUGCUACCUGGACAUAUUUGCAUAGGAAUAGAACGGAAGAAGACUGGUUGAAAUUGAGCAGUCGAGGUAAGAAGUUCGGUGCCACGUCCUUCCCCUCCCUGCCGGCGCCGCCCACCCCGCCCCCCGUCAGACUGCAGACGCCGGCCAAGGAACGCCCUCUGUCUCCUCCGCGAGGGGUCGAAUUAGAAGUGGCGAACGUGGAGGAAGUAAUCGAAGCGUCUGACAGCGACGUGGACGUUGACGACACCAGCACGUCGGUGCCGCACCUCUCCUCGGCGCAGCUCCUCAUGCAAGCGACGCAACUCCACAAGCCGACACUCGCGCUCUCCAACAAACCCAAAGGGAAACUGAUCGCCGCAGCGUCUCCUAAAUCCAAACCUCAAAUAACGAAGCUUCCGUCCAAUAAGCAGACCAAUAAACAGGCCACCCUGAUGACGCAAUCCGUGAAACAAGCCAGCUUGAUGGCGGCGACCAUGAAGCAAGUAAUGACGCAAGCGAAAGUCGCACAAGUGAAGUCCCAACAGACUCCUAAAGUAAGCGUUAGUCCUCCGACGCCAAAACAAACCAACCCUCAGACGAAAACAGUCAUUAACUCGGUGGCCAAACAGAAUGCGACACAGGUCAAAACUGUUUGUCUGCCGAAAACAGAUUUGAAAUCUACGCCGAAACAGACGAAGGUCGCGCUCGUGAAGACCUCUGCCAGUCAAGCUGCGACCCCCGCAACCUCCUUGGGUCUGGCUUCCAGUCAGAUAUCGAAGUCCUUGCCGUCGCUUAUUGUGACGCCUCAGAAGUCACCGCUCAUGAAGCAGAGGCUGUUGCAGAGGACCGACACGUCACCGGCUAUUGUGACUAUGGCUAGCCAAAAAACGCCUCCAACGACUGUGACUUUGAUACAUCCCACCACUGAAACAACGGGCCCUCAAAGCGUAACAAAGGUUGGUCAAGGGACUCGUUCAUUGUUAAUAAAACCGUCGGCUGUACAAACUACUGUAACGGCGUCGACUACCAUACCUUCGACACAGGUGACACCUAUACAACGACGUGGCAUCGUAAGAGUGCUCAGUCCUGCAACACCUUCCUCGGGGAAGUCACUGAUAUCGCCACGAGCUCUCAUGCAAACUGGCACUACAACUGCAAAGAAACGCACAAUUAUAUCCACAACCGCUUCUGUCACGACUGUUGCUCAGAGCGCAGAAAGCAAAAGCACAGUAUCGAGCAGUACUCCCACCGCUGUGACGUCAUCUGUGACUACGAGAACCAUUCAGCUGGCGGGCGGUCGCACCGUGCAGCUGGCCGCCAACCAGACCGUGCACCUGCCCGGCGGACAGGCCGUGCAGCUCAGCUCCGGGCACACCUUGCAGUUGUCGUCGCUGCAGCUGCCCAUGCACAGCGUCCGUCUGCCGAGCGGACAGACGGUCCAGCUGGCCUCGCCGCAGACGAUGCAGGCGGUCAGAGUAUCGAACGCUGCUGUGAAAACGUCCACUGUUCGAUCUCAGCAAUCCGCAUCCGUUGUCAAGAAUCUACAAACGUCGCAGUCUACUGUUCAGAUCCCGGUGUCUACCGUGCAACUGGCCGGCCAGACCGUCCAGAUCGCGGGACAGACGGUUCAGUUGGCCGGCCAGAGCGUGCAACUCACCGGACACACGGUCAAGCUGCCCAGCGGACAGAGUGUUCAAGUGGCCAGCCAGAGCGUGUUGCCGUCGCAGAGCGUCCAGCUGCCGAGCGGUCAGACCGUCCAGCUGACCGGUGGCAACGUUCAAACUUUACAACUGACCGGUUCCAACGUCCAAAACUCACAAAUUUCAAGCGGACAAAGCGUGCAGUUAAGUUCUCAAACAGUGCAGUUAGGCGGACAGACCGUGCAGCUGCCCGGCGGACAAACAUUACAGCUCUCUGCCGGCCAGACGGUGCAGCUAUCCAGCGGACAAACCCUGCAGUUGGCCAGUGGACAGACCGUGCAUUUAGCAAAUCAAGGAACAAAGUCUGUUGCACAAGUCAUCCGCAGCCAAGCGGCUACCGACAAAGCAACUUCCGCGCAACCGAUAGUGGCGAAAUUGCUCACCAACGCUCAGGGUCAAAUGGUGUCGGUGGAGGGCGGCGUCCGCGGCGGCGUGCGCGUGCUGGCGCCGGCCGCGCGCCUCGCCCGCCCGCUGCUGCUCACGGCCGCCAAACCGCUGCACAACAUCAUCUUGCAGCAAAGCGAUGGCGCUCGCGUGCCCUCAAGCGGAGGCUCUUCGUCGCCGCAGACCUUGGUACUCAGCAACCUUGGAGCACAAACAGUCUCAACGUCAACCACCACCGCGCCGGUGUUAAAAUUACAGCAGGUGAAUCCAUUACAACAAGUUAAACUCGGGCAGGGGAUUAAAAUUCAACAGGCGGGAACGAACGCGACAGUAGCGACAUCUAGCGGCGUCCGCAGCGUCGUGAUGGACGGACAACAGCUGAAGCUGGUCGGCGGGCGGCACGUGCUCGCGCGGAUCCUACGGCCGGCGCAUCAGCCCCCGUAACCGGCUUCACAACCUCUGAAGUCAUGCUCUGAAGGUCGAAUAUUACGCUAUGUACAAAUUCAGCUUUUACCGAUACGUGUGAGUCUGUGUAGAAAGUUAUGUCUCACACAAACUGACUAAAGUUGAUGCGUUUGUGCGACCCUUUGGCUCUGACGAUGAAUGAGUGAGUAAUAACAAAAAAAUCGGAUCAUUCUUAAAAAUUUUCAUAUGUGAACAUAUUGUGAUUGUUACAGUUUUACUAAAAAAAAAUUAUUUUCCUUGUAGGCAGACGAGCAUACGGCCCACCUGAUGGUGAGUGGUUACCGUCGCCCAUGGACAUCAGCAAUGCCAGGGGCAGAGCCAAGCCGCUGCCUACCUGAAUUGUCGACAAUUGGAUGUGCAGUGUUCGCCGCCACUUUGAGACAUUAGUGAUGCCGAUUUUUAUAAAGAUAAGAUUAAUUAAAAAAUUAUAAUACACCAAACAUAAAUUUCAUAACAAUGUACAGAUUACGUAACAAGAACUACUCUCGUACAAUUAAGAUUUCGUUUUGUGAGACGAAGAAACGAUUUAUUUAUAUUUAUAUUUAUAUUAUAUAGUAUAGUUAUUCAAUCGAACAGUAUUUUAUAAAUUUAUUUGUAAACCGUACAAAUUGAAUAACUUAUUUAUCGUUCUUUAAUUAUAAUUUCACUUGAUUUAAUAUUUAGGUGUAUUAGGUUAGAUUUGUACAGAUUUACAACGGGCGUACCUGUGUGAAUGUUUACACACUGUUGAAAAGCAAUAACGUUUUUUAUAUAUUAUAUUAUAUUAUACACACUAUGUAAAUAUUUUCGAUAAGUUUUUACCGACCGUAGUGUAAUGAUAAAAACCGCUUUUAUUUACUGAUUACGGUUUAUUGUAUAUUAAUGAUAAAUAAAAAAGGUAUAGUAGCGUAAUUUUUACAAGUCUUAGGGUCGAUUCGACCAAACAAGAGUAAAUCUUAUUCUUAGAAUAACUCGUCAGUUAAUCGAGAGUAAAUCAAUUUUACGUUUUACCAUCUACAAUUCUAAGAAUAGUGGGCCUAUUCGGGAAUUGUUACUAUACCGCCGUUUCGCACGGAAUAACGGAGCUAUUCCUAGAAUAAAGUAAUGGCGUCUGUCAGUCCAACAUCUGAUUUCUGUCAUUUCAUAAAUAUUUAUUCUGUUUUAAUUUCAAGUCAACGCAAUGCACUAAAUUAUUAUUAAUAGUCUGGCAUUGUAUAAUGCAACGUUUAAACGAAAAAAGAUAAAACCACACGACAAAACUUGACAUUUCCCUCAAACAAACAACAAAUAAAAAUAAUACGUUUGACAGCUGGAUAUCUUUCACAACAGCUACUUUUUCACACUAAAAUACGGCAAAAUCGAGUUGACGAUAUGUAUGCUCUUACACUAUGCCGUUGAACAACAACAUUUAUUUGCCGGAUUUUAUUUUUGUUCACCAUUCACUCUGCUAUUCGCGUAUUGUUAUUCCUAGCGCAAGUAUACGUGGAAAAACGACUAUGGAUUUACUCGAGAUUAAAAUCAUGGAAUAUGUUAUUCCUCGUAUAGUUACUCGAGUAUAAAUUUAAGUUUGGUCGAAUCCACCCUUAAAAGGUUUGACAUAGGCAAUGCUGAUAUGUUAAGAUCUGUAAAAUGUAUUCGUUUGAUUGUUAAUAAAUAUCUUUUUUUUUUGUUUGUUAAAUGUGUACGGAUGUUAUUUUUCGUUUCGGUGUGUAAAUAAUGUUCUAUAAGUUCUGUUAGUCCGAUCCCACUAUAAUAUUUUCGAAUAUAAGUCAAUUGCUUAUGUAAAA